GAGCUCAACCUGGCGUUCGGCGCUGACCUGGCACGCCACCUCGACCCCGACUCACCCGCUGACGAGGCACUCCUCAUAUCUGUGGACGCCCUGGGCGCCGACGUGCGCACCCGCACGGGGGGCGAGUUCACGAUCGAGCGGAUCGGGUUCGGCCGCCGCGUGGAGACGGCAGAGGAGGCGCGCGCCGCGAUGAGACACGCCCUGGGCAGGUGA